AAUUUCACGGAGUAUGUCGAAGCUUUGUGUUGGGAAAGAAUAUGAUUUUUCCAUUGUGAGCUAUUCGCUUUAUCGGUGUGUGUAAGGUAGAAAGGCUUUGUUGGUCAAAAGCUGAUUACUAGAGAAUCUUAUUGUACUUACAACGGGCGAACUCACGGUGUAGCGAGACAUUUUGGGGAACAAUUUUGUAUAAUCAUUAUGUUGAGAAGAAUUCUUGAAUCAUUAACAGUUUUUAACAUGCCUUGCAAUGGGGUGUGUAUAACUUGAGAAAAAAAACAUCAAGAAAUUCUAUAAAGUGCUGGAUCCGUUCAGAUUUGGAGACCAUGAAGAGACCCAGCAGAAUUCUGAGAGGUACUGUUCUGGGGUCUUACAGGGCCCAGUGACAUAAGACGAUGCAGGACCGGGACAUUUAAUUAAGUGACAACUGCCUUUAUCUAUAUUUGACCAGGAUCUGGCAGUAUCAAAUUAUUUGAUUUUUGUAUGAACAGGAUAAGUCCCCGUGCUCAAUGUUGACAGUGGUCCACAUUUACCAUUCUGUUUCGGUUCAGUCAGUUCUGUGAUUUGUUUCAAUACUUCAUUCAGCGUCAUCUGUAACCGAUUACACUGUGACUGUAUAGUUUAUUUACAAUAUAGUGACAUCCGAUCUGACGGGGAAAUAUACAAUUUUAUCAGUGUUGGAUCGUGUGGCAAUGUGAUACACUCGUACGUCGAUCGGUUGUCAUUAGAUAAUCGUAAAGAAAUAUUGGUGAUCGUAAGCUGGUCGUAAGCAUCGCUGGGAUGGAGAGUCUGACGGUUUUGAACAGCCGACGUUCUCGUUGUCACUAUAUGUUUGUUAACGGGAGGCUGACGGACGUACAGUACAAGCCCCUGUAUAUUGACAGCCUGGGGCACCUGUCCACUCCCCCCUACAACCCAUACUCAAGCUACUGCGACCCGUAUGACGGUCGACGCCGCUACAUCAGCCGGCCUGGCAGUGCUGAUCUCCCCUACUCCUCCUACGCCCUCUCCAACCAUGACUACUCCGGUCCCUCUUACAAUGGCUAUUCUAGUAGCUUAGACCCUCACACUUAUGAAAUUAUGUCCAAAUAUACGGGAGGAUAUGACUACCCACAAUCCUCAGCUACUCGUUCAUACAGCACUGGUUCAAGUUCAGGCUCUCAAGCUUUAGGUUCAUCAUACGGGCACACAUCAGGUGGACACCAGUCAAGUCAAAGACCGCAAAGACAUGCUUCUUACGGCAGCUCAUACGAUAUUGGAACAAGAUACAGUGGUUCCUCAGACAUUGGAAGUAAAUACAGCGGUUCCUCGGACACUGGAAAUAGAUACAGUACUUCAGACAUUGGUUCUAGAUAUGGUGGAUCCUCAGAUCCUAGAUCCAGAUAUGGAGGUGGUUCCACUGAUUAUGGAACUAAAUAUGUCGGCUCUAGUGAUUUAGAAUCUCGGUAUAGUGGCUCCAGUGACUUAGGUACAAAAUACACCUCUAGUGACCUUGGAUCCAAAUACACAUCCAGUGAUUUAGGAACUAAGUAUGGUGGUUCCAGUGAUUCAAGAACAAAGUACGGUGGAGGUGGUGAAUUUGGAACAAGUUACGGUGGUGCCUCCAGUGAGAAGUAUGGUGGUGCUACCAGUAUAGACAACAGUUCACGGGGUCAUCAGGGGAGCGAACUCAAGCCAAAAUACUCUAACAGAUAUGGAGACAAAGAGGACUCCAAUCUGCCUGAAACCCAAACAACCAGAAAAGUAAGACCUCCAUAUGAGCGCUACAAACCCCUGCCAGCAGACGACAAUCCUCCACAAAGUCAGGAUGUGGAUGUCCAAGAAAUCCGGUCGCGGAGUCUGAGGUACCGCGGCAACAGAGAUGACAAGAAAGAGACGCCACCAGACGCCACACAGAUCAAAGGAAGCUUCCAGAUGUAUCGGUCAAGAAAACCCAGCGACAUCGGUGGAAGCUCGGACCUGGAAAAACCAGUUUUUUCCUCUGUAGAAGAUUCAGUGGAAUCAUUAAACAGUGCUUCUUUUAAUGAGAAGUGGAAAAGAGGGAGUUCUGGGGAUUCACAGCGCGGACUUGAACAAACUCGAGACAGUCUGGAGAAACCCAGUUUCGGAUCCUUUGAGAAGGAUAGUUUCGAAAAUAAAGAUUCCACUGAAUUUUCUCAGUUGGCACCUUGGAAACAAAGAAAAUUGGAAAGAGAGCAAAAGGAGAAAAGGGAACUUGAAAGAGCAAAGGAGGAAAGUGAGAAAAAAAGUGAACAAGCAACAAAAAUGUUGCCCAGCCAACGUGUUCCCACUCAAACAAAAGAGCAGACGACUGAUCAAACUAAUGAACAGGAAGUCAAGAGAAGAAAUAUUUUGGAAAAAUUGGAACGACCCAAAUCUGUGGAUGCUGAUGCUAUAAAACAUCUCUUAUUAACCAGUGAGAGUCCUCUACUAAGAUCGAGAUAUAGGGAGGCCGUGAGAAAGCGAGAUCAUUUAAAAGAUUCCGUGGAUGGUGCUUCAGACAUUUCUCAAGAUUCAGAGAGUAAAAGUCGAGAAUCUAGUCAGGCCAAGGAAUGGAGUUCGGCCAAAGCUCUUCAUGAAUCUCUGAGGCAUAAAGAGGAUGUGAAAGUGAAAGAGACGGGAGAAACAGCUUCAGAGAAUGUCAGGAAAAGUCUCGCAAGGAUUGAAGAUUUAAAAAACUCUGUGCAACAAUGUGAUGAAGUCCCUAAAUCUCAGCCAAAUCGCAGUGAACGCUUAAAACAGGACAAUAUGGAACAAAAUCGUUUGGACCCCAAGAAAAGAAUUCUUGUGUCUUCACGCUCUAAUGUUGAUAGUGUACGUGAUUCUGUAAAACAGACCGAUGUUGAACAAAAUAGUUCAAGUGUGCCAAAAACCACUGUCUCUAAAACAUCAGAUGAAACCCAAAGCAUAAAACCUGAAAGUCUCUAUUCCAGGAAAAAGCUAUCAUCAUCUGACUCAAAAGAUGAAACUAAUAAAAGUGAAAUAAAAAAUCCAGACACUGCCACUAGUGAUGAUAAAUUAACGAAGUAUUACAGCAGUGGAAGUCAAGAGAAGAUACAGACAAACGUCCAGUUGUACAAAGAUAGCAAGUCAGAGAGUGAAAAGAAAGAAGAGGGUGAAAAAGCACCUUCUAAGCGUGCCAUUCGGUUGGGCAGGGCACGACAUCAUGGACAAGAGGGGCCUUCACUUGUGAAACACAUGAGUGACCUCUUAUUUGAGGAUCCUAAAAGCAUUCGAUCAGAGAGAAAACACGCUAGUGAGGAAAAAGACACAACUUCAAACAAGCCUCCAGCAGAGAAAUCCUCAUCCAUUCUCAGAACGUCAAAGGCUUUCUCAGACACAGAAAAACCUACUCCUGAUUCAUCAACAAGUUCCAGAUCCAUCCGAAGUGCAGACACAGUUGUUAAAAGCAUUGAUGAUAAACUUAAAAGUCAAGAAGACAAAACCCUAAAGUCAGCAUUAGACACCUCUCCUAAAGAGACGGACGCAGUUGAUAAGCCAAGGUUUCAGCGUGUUUAUGGUAGAGCUAAAACCACUGAUGUCAGUAGUCUUUUGGUGAAGAAGGCAGCUGAGCAGAAGACGGACAACAAAACAAGUCACAAUUUGAGUAAGACCACAGAUUCAGUGGGAUCCAAAUCUAGCACACCAAUGACAGAGGAGAGAACAAGGACACAAGAGAGAUCAAAGACACCUUUAGCCAAAAUAGAAGAAAAACCCAGAGACUCUGAAGGAAAGCAACCAGAAUGUAGCGGGGACUUGACUUUCCCCUCUGCUUUUUCUGUGGAUGUUAAUCAAAUGUCACGAGCUGAGAGAAUAGCCAGGUAUAAAGAGGAGAGGAAAAAGCAGCUAGCUCAUCUGGCCACCAUGUUUACAGAGCCAAGUGACAAAGGCGGAGGAAAAGAACUUGUGCCGUCACUGUUUACAUCAUCUCGCGAGGGUGGUGAGGGAUCACUAGGCCGCUCAAAGAGCAUGAGGGAAGGAUCACCUCAAAAGUUCUCAUCUCCUGUGGCUAGGUCCAAAAGUCUGAGGGAAGAUUUGUCUCUGAAAAAAGAAGCAACAGAAAGUGUCCCAGAAACUGAGAAAGAGGCCCCACCAUCAACAGAAAUGGAAUCAUUUGAUGAAUCUGGAAAUGCUAUUCCUUUAACAAUGAAGAUAGCACAAAAUAAAAAAUUAUUUGAAAAAAAACUAAGUGAGGAUGAAGACACUAAGACAUGGCACCGCAGAUCUUUAACUGAUUCACCACUUGAAGGUAACAGCAGAAGAAGCUCAUCAAGUUCAGACAGGAGAAGCCUUGGAGAUGAAUCGUCAAUAGAGAAACUCAAACAUAGGUAUCUGUUUGGAACAGAUUUCUCGGAGGCUAAGACCAAGAGACAAUCAUUAACACAGGAGGUAGCCCCUUCCCCUCCUCAGCUGGACACAUCUACCUCAUCAGAUGAGGUGACCUCAACAACAGCCAUGUCUUCCUCUAUUUCAUCAGAGGAUCCCAGUAAAUCGGAGGAAAUCUUGUUCGACAUGAAGAAGGCCAGACAAGCCUUUUCUAAGCCUGAACCUGUGCAAAGUUUUAUGUUCGGAACAGCAUUUUCUUCUUCUAAAGAAACAAAACCAGAUUCUAAUCUUGUCAGUACUGGGAAUUCUAAAUUGUUAGAAGCAGAGAGAACAGGAUUUGUUGAAGAGGAUUCUGAUGCUGCCAGAUCACAGAAGAGGAGAAGGCAGCUCCCCACAAUACCCUCAGCCCUGGGGACAGGAUCCCCGACCGAUAGUGUGUCGAGUAAAAAUGAGAGUGAGAGUGACCUGUCUCGGCAAAAGAAUGAGACUGUUCAGACUGUCUUAGCUCCAGAACCUCAAAUAGCUCGUGCCAAAGUGUUUGAUGGAAAAUCCCGUACUUCUUUGUUGUCUUCAAAAGCUACAGAUAAUGUGUCAAGCCCUGUAUCUAAGAGAUUAGAGGGUAAAACUACUGUGUCAGGUAUUCAUUCUACAGAUAAUUUAGUUUCUAAUGAGAAAAACUUGUCAAAGUCUGAUGUAAUCUCUAGUCCAUUAGUGAGAAAAACAGCAACUCCAAAAACUGUCUCAAAAUCUGUAACACAUAAACCUGAUGAGAAACCUGUCUCACACAAUGUAACUUUAUCUACCACUGAUACUAUGUCACAAGAGAGAACGAAACAUGCUCAACAAGUCCCUAGUAAAACAGAGAGAAUCAUCAAAGAGCAGGUGAGUGCCAAAGACACAGAAUCUCAGGAUACAGACACCACAAAUAAGGCAGGCUCCCGGUCAACUAAGCUAAGGAGACGUAGUCCCGUUAGAUCCCGAUCCUCUGUCACUCCUGUAAAGAAAUCAAUACCAGCAAAAACUGAUCAGGUCCAGGAUGAUUCAAAAGUUUCAACAACUUCAGAAACAAGUAAGUCAAAAGUGGAAAAACUUCACACCUAUAAGAAGCCUGAUUCAACACAGAAUGUCCCAGCCAAAACAGCAGAUACAAAACAGAGCACAACAGAGGCAAGUAAAGCAGCAACACAGCAGCUCAGUCACAAACUUCAGGAUCAACCGAGAAAACUGCUCCGACAAGGCAAGUCACAGUCCAAGGCUGAACAGAAUAUACAGGAAGUGAAACCCACUAAAACAGAUAAAACUCGACCUAAAGCAGAAGUGACCCUUGCUCCAGAACUGCAUGAAACUCUAGAGUCCCAAUUUAUGGUCCCUACCAAAACCCUUACAAAGUCAUGUGAUGAGAGGGUAGCAAAUGCAGAUUCUUCCCCUCGGCCAGAGAAUGUUCCAAACUUUGGAACAAUACCUAACUCUGAAUCUGCCCUGAAGUUUGACAUCUCCAGAGAGGAAAUGGUUCUGAAUGGGGAAGCAGUGUCAAAAUCUGAAUUGGUGUCGAAAGCUGCAGUGACAAGGCAAACAUUCAAACAAGUGCCAGUGACGGAGGAAUUGAAGUAUGAGACAUCAGAGAGUGAACACACAGGGGUGGAAAAUGUGCCCCGGUCCCACUCAACCCCAGAACCAGAAACUGCACUCAAGUAUGAUCAACCCAGGGCUGAGAUGGUGCUGAACCCAGAAAAAGUCUCCAAACGAGAGUCACUGGCUAGAACAGAGGUCAAGCAGAAACAGGAAACAUAUGAAGCGGAGCAGGUCAGUGAAGGGUCGACAACUGAGGGGGGACAGGUCAGUGAAGGGUCAACGACUGAGGGGGGACAGGUCAAGAAAUCGACAGAAGAAUCUGGAAAACCAGCAAAGAAAAGGUCAUUCAAAAUCCGACACAGUAGAUCAAUGUCUGAUAGACCGGGAAAGUCGUCCGUUCACAGAAGUAAAACAAUCAGUGAGAGGGAGCUCCAAGUAGCCAGUCCCAGAAAGACCGGGGAUAUCAAACCGUCCAAAGAUGAUAUAAGUCAAAUUCUUAUGAGGUCCCAGGAGACUAACUUAGAUGACCUUCUGAUGGAGAAUGUGGACUAUCUGUCGGACAUUGAAACAAACGACCCAUGGGGUGUCCACAAGGUGGGCAAGAAGUCCGAGCCCGGGCACCUGAGGGAGGGGCUACACAUGCGAGCUAAACAGGCACAGUCCAGCCUCAACAAAGAGGAGUCAAGCAGCCUUGAAAGCUUAGACAGAAAAUUAAAAUCCGAUAAAGCCAGUCACCAGAAGGUUGUCCCACCAAACCAGGCGACAGCGGAGAAACAUCGGAAAGACAUCUCUACCAGUAAAUCAGUUAGUGCCAGCUCAACUUUAGCUCAACCCAGCAUCUCAACAGCCAAAACACAGGCUACAAGCUCAACCUCAUCUCAACCUUCAUCUUAUUCAUCUCAACCAUCCACCAUCGACUUAGAUCAAAGAAACUCAUCUGAUCACCUACAUACAUCGUUGGAGGAAACCAGUCAGACUUUAAGGGAGGUAGCUCAGUCAGCAGGGGAAGUAACUCCACCAGCUUCUAACAGUGAAACUUCCAUGGAACAGCAGGGCAGAGAGAUUGAGCAGAAGAAGAGGAGGAAGGAUAAAUCAGCCAUGAGGAAAUCUCAGAUUAACGCAGGACAGGAGGACUCAGAAGGUGUCAGAGGGAAGACUCUAGACAAUCCACAGGAUGACUUGGAUGUAAAGACGCGCGAGGCAUCAGCUUCACCUGAAUGCACGACUAAUCACAUACCAAAGCACAGUGUUACUAACCAUUUUGUGAAAUCACGUCACCAUGACAAUGGGACAUCUAGUGAGCACCAUCAAACACAAUCCGGCAGAUCCUCAGUGCUAGAAACCAUCUUACCUUCCAAAUUCUCAAUCCCAUCCAAGGUCUCGUCUGUCAUCAACCGAUUUUCUGGGGAGUUCGGAGACAAGAAUGUAGAUCUAACAACAGUCAGAAAACCGGAGGAAAAAGCGCCAAGGCACAUUCCUAUUGUUAGGAGAAAAAAUGAUUUUUCCUCUUUGUUACAGAAAUUUUCAGGCUCUGAUCGUUCGAGUGGAGAAUCGGGAGAUUCCUCACCGAGGAGGCGAGUGAAUCUCCAUCGACAAGAAGCUUGUGCUGUUGGAAGCAGUGACGAUUCGGACAGUCGUAGAACCCCGGAGCGUACUCAAAGUUUGCGGUUAAAAAAGACACCAUCUCCAGACGAGACAAAGGGUGUACAGAGAUCGGAGAGUUUCAAGUCGGAUUUUAUGCGCAAGCGCUAUAGUCCAGAAACUGUGUUAAAUACUCCAUUAGAAGAAGAUCCAGAAAAUAUGGCAACGCCGAAUCCAGAACUUGCAGAAAUACUAAAUAGACGCCACAAAGUGGUGGCUGACCAACAAAUUAAAGGACAGGAGUUUGAACGAGAACAAAUUUACAGCAAGAAAAUCGAAAAGGAGGAUCAAAUUCACCGACGGGCAGAAGUGGAAGAAGUAAUUUGUGAUACGCAAGUGGCAUCAGUGUUGAAAUCUAGGCUUAAUGAAACAGAAUCAAUGAAAUCAAAGGAGGAUAAAUAUACUGAUAAUCGUUUUAAGACCUCACAUAAAACCGAAGACAUCAUCACAGACACUGAAGUAGCCAGUAUAUUGAAAGCCAGGAAAAAGGAAACAGAUUCCAAAUUACCUGAUGAUAACAAGAUAGUAAACAAUGUGUGUGAUCAAAGCUCCCAGAGUGUUACAGCGAGGCUUGUGUGUGAUGAUAAUGUAAAUAAAUCAGAACCCCCAUCUCUGGCACCAGUACAGAGAACCAAGGUCAGAGAUGACGGGGUGACUGUGUCAGAGGUGGGGAGUAGUGUCAGCCAAUUAGUGACCAGUACCAGACAACAGUCACCAGAGAACAAACCUACAGACACUCAGAAACUAACCGAGAAAGUCUCGCCAAAGGAAUCCAUCGAGAAAGCCACGCCAAAGGAAUCCAUCGAUAAAGCCACGCCAAAGGAAUCCAUUGAUAAAGCCACCCCAGAGGAGUCCAUCAAGAAAGCCACGCCAAAGGAAUCCAUCAUAUCACAAACAUCACCAAUGCCUCAUGUCGUAUCCAACAUUCAAUCCACUGAAAUCAGUGAGAAAGGGUCGGAUAAAGAGAAAUCACCACAGCGUUCUCUGAGGUCAUCUGUGUCGCCAUGUAAAGACAAUAGUUCAUCUGAAUCCAACACAUCAUCCAAAUCAUCCGUGGUCCGCCGCGCAGAGUCAUACGGGGCCAAGGACACAGAGCGUCCCAAAGGGAUUCUAAAACGGACCAAGUCCAUGAAAUCCAGCGUGAUUGUUGAUGAAGAAUUAGCCAGUAUUUUACGUCAACGGAAAAAAGAACAGGACAGUGAUGAUAGUGAUGAGAAUGGAGGAGAGAAAGUGCCUGAUGUCGCCUCGGACAUACAGGAAACUCUCAGACGAGAGCAGGAGCAUCGCAAUGGAGCCGAGGGGGAGGGGGAGGAUGUCUCCACCCCCAGGCUCUCCAUGCAGGAGAGGAUCUACCAGAUGCAGAAUAAGCUGGAGGAGGCCAAGUCGUGUCCCAUAACUCCGCGAGCCAAGUCAGGAACCACAACUCCUAAGUUAACAUUUAAGGGGAGGACAGGCAGUCUAACGCCCCACGCUCAGAGCACAGAUGAGCCAAGCUCAGCAUCUGUGUGUGGAGAGCAACUCAUUCAGAAACUCAGCAACCUUGCCGAGCGUGGCCACAAAGUGGGCAGCUUGGUAGAAAAGCGCCAGAAAUUCCAGCAACGGAAGCGAGACGAUUGGAGGACAAGGACUCAGCCAGUGACAUUAGAGGAAAUCCAAGCGGCUGAUGGUUUACAAUCGGUUGCUGAUUUUAGACGUGAAGUGUUAAGAAAGGCAUCCAAAAAUGUGUUUAAUGAUCUCCAAAAAGAAACCAAGCAGACUUCUGGGAAGAAAAGUGAAUUUCCUCAACAUAUUCCAAGAGAGAAACUAAGACGAACACGGAGUGAGCGCUAUAAGACUUUACCCAUUACCGCUGCAGAACUAAACGCUAUCCCUGAAGGGGAGUCAAUUGGAAUGGCCGGUCUCAGAAAGAAAUCUGACUGGUCAGGAGCAAGAGACUCUAAGGCAGACUCUGGUAUCUUGUCAGGGUCAUCGGACGUAGAAAAUUACUGUGAUAGUUUUGAAUCUCAAGCGUCGGAGGAGAGUCUGCGCAGCCUGAGUCUGGAGCUGGACGCUCACGAGGAGGACCCAGCCAGGCUCAGCGUGUCGGCCAAGGCAUCCUUGUUUACAAACAUUGUGGAAAAGUCUAAGCCAGACAAACCCAAGCCAUGUGCGAGUGGGGCCAAGAGGUAUAUCGACAGGAAGAAACGUGAGCGGUGUCAGACUCAGCCUGUCACCGAGGAGGAAGUGAAAUCAGCGGCCGAGAUCGCAGACAACACCAAGUCUGACCCCGACAAAUCAGAACCCCAGGAAGAGGAAAACACUGACCCGGCUGCUAGGAGAAGCCUGGCAGAAAAAGUGAAGCUGUUCUCCAGCCUCAAGGAGCAACAGGAGAAACCCCCGCCCAGGGCCGACCCCCCAGUGAUCCGCCGCAGGAACCGCAAACAGCUCACCUCACGGUUCAACACUCAGCCGGUGACCAUUGAGGAGGUAGAGAAGGCCGCCCAGUACAGAAUCUCACCCCUGGCCAUGAGUAUGGUCAAACCGCCAGACCCCGAACUGAUGCAAGGACUGUCCCUGGCUGCUCAACGGGAGCUCAUGGCUCAGCAUGCUGAAAAAGUCAUGUCUCAGCCCAGCUCGAGACAGGGCUCCAGUGUUGAUCUGUCCGAUAAGUCACAGUCCUCAUCCGAUCUCAGCAAACAAAGCUCGGAGAAAGAGGAGUCCUUGAGCAGCAAGGCUGUGGAACAGCAACUGAACAAGAGUAUCUCCAAGUCGGAGAGUGAUGUGAAGAGCAUUCUCAGGUCUGACGGUGGCAAGGGCGGAGAGGAGCCGAGGAGUAUCCUGAAGCACCACCAUGUGGAGACGCACGAGGAGCUCAAGAGGAUCAUGUUAGAGAGGGAAGAACACAGCAGGAGUAUACUGAAAUCCAGCAGUCCUAACCAGGGCUCAGAACAGAAAGGGAUUCUGAAAACACCGAGAGGAAAGGGCGAGGAAGGGGAGGGGGAAGAAGAGGAGAAAGGAGGUGUGCAGGAGGAGAUUGUGAAGGGGGCAUUGAGGACCGCAGGUGUAGAGGACCUCGGAAGUGACUCAGAACCAAAAGGUAUUCUGAAAAAGGAGAGUAGCUUUGAAGUGAAAAAGUCAGAGCCUGAGAAGAGCGUGUUGAAGGAAAGUACAUUCGAGGUUCAUAAAGAGGAACCAGAGAGGAGUGUUCUCAAGGAGAGCAGUUUUGAGGUUCCUAAGUCUGAACCUGAAAAAGGAGUGUUGAAAUCUUCCCAUCACAAGGAUGAUGCUGAUGUUCAUGGAAUCUUAAAGAAAGACCACGAAGAGGAAGUGAAGAAAUCCUGUUUGGAGGAGGUGAGAAGGACAGAGGAGAAGUCACCAUCACCUGAACGAAAGUCAGCGAGUGGAUGUGCUGCCUCAAUCCGCAGGAGAAAGGACCCCAGGUUGCAAGAAAGAUUCCUGACCCAGCCAAAUGACAAGACCUCCCCAGAAAAAUCUCCUGAAGGGUCUCCCAAACUCCGCUACGGGGCGACACGCCACAAGACUCAGCCUAUCACACCCGAGGAGAAGAGAGAGGCUGAGGGGGGCCAGUCCUCGGAAGUCAAAGUCUCCGUCAGAGACAGGUUAAGUCUGUUGAAAAAGAGUGGGGAGGAGGAAUGGAAGAAGCGGGUGUCCAAGCCAGCCGAACUUCAGGCGGAGGAGGUGGAGGUCAAGCUAAGGGAGAAGAGGGCUCUGGAUGCCCCCCGCCCUCACAGCAUCGCUGACCGACUCAACCUGCUGGAGACCUCGCAGAUCGGCUGGAAGGGCCGCGUGGAGGAGAACGAUGCCAAGCGGUUCACGGUGGCCCAUAAACUGGCUGGUCAAGUGGAGGAGAGUCCAUUGAUGAAGAAGCUGAGGGAGCGAUCCAAGCGAGAGUCCGAAUCUGAGUCCGGCUCCCCCGAUAUCUUGUCACCUUCGACCCCUACACGAGACUUGCCAAAAAUCCCCCUUCCAAAGACAAUCAUAUCAGGUCCUCCGGUAGAGGCUGAAACCGAGGCCAAACCAAAGGAAGUGAAAGUGGGCAUCACCAUGGCAGCAGAGGAGGUGAAGGCGCCAGUGAAGGUGGAGGUCCCCUCUAUGGAUGAUGAAGUCCUCAAGUCCUUCUUCAGACAUUCCUCAGAAACUUCAGAGGUUCAUGAGAAGAUUGAUGUCACUGUGGAAGACUUUAACGAGCUCUUCAUCAUUGCUAAUGACAUGUUACCUACUAUGAGAAAGAUUCGUCCAAAGCGUAAACACGCGACCUCGGUCAGAAAUCCACUGAAGACAACUUCAGUAGAGAUCAGAACAGAGUACGAAGAGGUCAAAAUGGGAUACGCAGAACUGGAGAUCAGACGCAAACAAAAAGAGAAAAUUGCAGAUAAAGCUGGUUUCGCUGAGGCAGCACUGGCAGGCUUAGCCAGCAAAGAGAACUUUGCCCGUGUGUCAUUACGUAAGACUGGGGAGCCCGGCAUGGGUCUGCCCUCCCGCCUUGAUCCAUACAAGGACCUAAUGCUGAUCCAUGUCAAAGGAAGGCGCAAGGUUCAAAUCCGCUUAGUGGAGCCGUCAGCUAAAUCCAUAAACAGCGGAGACUGCUACAUCCUGGUCACUCCAGACAAAGUCAUUACCUGGGUGGGAGAGUUUGCCAAUGUCAUUGAGAAGGCCAAGGCUGCAGACAUUGCCACCUUCAUUGUCCAGAAGAAAGACCUGGGCACCAAGGCCACACUGGUGGAAACCGUGGAGGAAAAGCGACACCAUCUAGGGACUGGGAAGAAAUUCUGGUCAGCCAUUGGGGGACUCAAAACUAUAUCAUCUGCGGGUCCCACCGAGGAAGACGAGCUGUAUGAGAACCACAUCAUGGCGUCCAAUAUGGUGUACAAGCUGGAGAACAACUCUCUGGUGCCCUAUCAGGAAUACUGGGGUGGUCAGCCCAAACAAGAAAUGCUCAAAAAGGACCAGGUGCUUGUCUUUGACUUUGGGACUGAACUCUACGUCUGGCAAGGAAAGGCUGUCAAACCUGAGAGACGUAAAAUGGGGGUUAAACUAGCGCGACAGUUGUAUGAGAAAGGUUAUGACUACAGUGCAUGCGACAUAAACCCAAUGUCCCCGCUAUCCACUGAGGAGAUGGGGGGAAUGCCUGCUGCAGCCAAAGAGAGGCCGGCCUGGUGUCUGUUUGGUAAGGUCAACCAGAAUAUGGAAACCAUCCUGUUUAGAGAGAAGUUCUCUGAUUGGCCGGACACCUCUCGGCUCAUCAAGGUCAAAAGUCUGGACGCUGGAAGCAAGACGGAUCUGACAGAAUUGAAACCAUAUGAUGCCAAGCUGAUGAUUCCCGUCAACAAAGGGGCUGUGUCACUUGUCCUCGAGGGAUCCAAUGUAGGACGAGGAAAUGUCUGGCAUGAGGAUAUGGAGGGGUUUAUCAGAGAGCAAGACAUCGUGACUCUUGGAGUGACCGUGUGGCAUGUGUUGGAGUACGAGCAUUACAAGAUGCCGCAGCCCAGCUUUGGUCAGUUUCACGAUGGAGACACGUAUGUCGUCAGGUGGCAGUACAUGAUUACAAGUAAAGGAAUGAACUUGAAGGGUACACAGUCUAGAAAGUCUUUAGUGGGACGCGAGAGGUGCGCCUAUUUCUUCUGGCAAGGAAAGAACUCAACCAUCAAUGAAAAGGGAGCGUCUGCUCUGAUGACAGUGGAACUGGAUGAGGAGCGAGGACCCCAGGUCCGAGUGGCGGAAGGGAAAGAGAUGCCGUGUUUCCUGAAUCUGUUUAAGGGGAGAAUGAUAACUCACAUUGGGAAGCGUGAAGAUGAGGCCACCAACACUCAGGGGGCGUGGCGCUGUUACUGCGUGCGCGGCGAGUAUGAGAACGAGACCUGUCUGAUCGAGAUCCCUAUGGGUGCAGACAGACUGCGGAGUCGAGCCUCCUUCAUCAUGCUGAACGUCAAGUCGGGCCUGAUGUUUGUGUGGCACGGCUGUAAGUCUCCACCCCACUGUAGAGAGAUGGCCUCCAAGGCAGCAGAGAGACUCAAGGACAAGUGUCCACUGGAGGUUGGAGUCAAGGAAGGCAUCUACAUUCUGAUCACUGAGAUGGAGGAGGGAUCUGAAAAACCCGAGUUAUGGUCAGCCCUGGGGGUCAAGGCAAAUACAAGGUCACUCUACUGCUCUCACCUGACAGAUCCCACACCUUACGAUUACACCUUACGUGUGUUCCACAUGACCAGUGUUUCGGGUAACUUUGACGUCCACGAGAUUCUGAAUCCCUCCCGGUCCCCCGAUCUCAGCACUCCGUUUCCUGUCCUCCAGGCAGACCUGUAUAAUGUGUCUCAACCGGGUUUAUUCUUGGUUGAUGAUGACAACAUUGUAUACCUCUGGCAUGGCUGGUGGAAGGAAGCUGACGCUGAGGUAGAGAAUGUCCACACAGGCUCCGCCAAAUCCCGAUUCAGUGCCGACCGCAAAUGUGCAAUAGAAACUGCCCUUCAUUAUUGUAAAGAGAAGAAUCCAGAGUCACCCCCAAAGGCUGUAGCAGUGUAUGCUGGUCUGGAGCCUCUGGAUUUUACCAAUCUUUUCCCAUACUGGGAUGUGGAUGAAUCUGCCAAAACUCUCAACCUCAGGGAUGGUAAACAAGAUGGAGAGAUGACUUCACUGGAGGAUAUACUGGGGAAAAUGACAAAGACCCGCUACACGUACGAAGAACUGCUGGAAGAUGACCUCCCUGAAGGAGUGGAUGCAAAACGCCUCGAAUCCUAUCUGGAUGAUGAGGAAUUUGAGGAAAUAAUGGAGAUCUCUCGUGAAGAGUUUUACAAACUACCGCAGUGGAAACAAGACAAAAUCAAACAACAAGUGGGACUGUUCUAAAGGCGGCCAUUAGGGUACAAAAAUGACAGCUCUGUAAACCUAGCAGUAAACCAAUCCAUAGCUACGAUGGUGGUUCCCCCAAACAGUUGCCAUGGUGAUAGUGAACAAAUCCAUACAUUGAACCGAACCCAAGCUACAACAUGAAGUCCAAUUGAAACAAGAAAUCCAUGUUUGUUUAGACUAAUUAUGUGAGAGCAGUUAAUAGUACAAGAAAGCAAUUGAUUUCAUAUGCCACUCCCAUUUGUUGAAGUCAUUCAGAUUAAUACACCUUUGAACAGAUGUUGUAAACUCAGAGAGCACACUGCAUUUUCUUAUGUGAACAAAAUUAUUGAAGAGUACCUUAAAUGUUGAUCCAUAUCCCUCAAACUAGUCAUUCUGAUAUUUAACAUGGAAUGAAGAACUAUGUUGGCAUUACCUUGUAAGAAUAAGUACACCUAUCAUUAACCAUCCGCUCAUUACAAAACCACAAGCUUUCUGUGAACAGCAAUCCACACAGUGAUCAUUGGCCUACUGUAUGAACUGCAAUAUUCUGAGAGAAAUGUCUUUCAUGUAUGUUUGUGUACCAAAGAUGUACAAAUCUUCCUCCUCCCCCAGCCGGGCUGGGUGGACUCCUGGUGCUGUCUCUAUAUCGCUGUGUAUGUGUGAGGUCCCCGUAACAUAUCGCGCACCCGCUCAGCUUUUUACAGAAAUUUUAUUCAAUGACUUAUCCAACUUUUCUCUGACUUUAACCAUUCAGAUAUUUCUCCUAACUCCCCCAGUUUAAUCCUUGUACUCAUUUAGUUUCUUUUGUUUUUCAAGGAAUGAUAUCCAUUACUCUAUUUCCUGUUUCCAGAAGAAUUUUAUUCACUGCCAAAUCCAUUGAAGCAUUUAACACCUCGGCUUUGUUAGAAAUAACCAGUGUUUUUAUUUAGUUCUGUGUGUACAAUAACUUUCUUGGACAAAACCUAUAUUUUGAUUUACAGAGAUUUGUUCCAACAAUUUUGACCUUAGGAAAAAGCAUUGGGAUGUUUCAUUUGGUAUUUUAUAAGCAAAGCUUGUUAAAUUUUAUCAAGUUUUCAACAAUUCAGAUUUGCAAUUGCUUGAAUUAUUGGCCAGUUUACUGUUUUGUUUUUUUUUUAAUUUAAAAAUUCAGCCCUUUUUUUCUUUCUUUUUAUCAAUAUGCAACCAUAACUUUCAGCUUAAGUUAAAACUUGUUGGGUUUUUCAGAGAUUAUAUUUAUGCAUAUAUUGUAUUCUCUAACUUAUGUAAAAGUUCAUGGACCCGGCUAGGAGGACAUGCCUAUGAGAUUUCUGGGUCUAUACUUACUGAUGCUAGCAAUUUAUUCCUUAAGCAACUGUGAUCUUAUUUUAGUGGUAGAGCCCUAUGCCUGUUUGUAUACAUGAAUAUAUUGUUAAUGUCUGUAUUGUUCUUUUGUAUAAAAAGUGCUUCCAAAGUAAAUUGUUACAAAGAUGUCA